UUACGAUAACAUAUAGCCUAGGCCUAGGUAGGGUUACAGGAUUGUAAUACCUUGUACUAAGGUAAAUAAACUGUACAGGUGAUAUGUAUGCGCUAAAAUCGGUGCAAAUGGAAGCGAUGGUGUGAGAUGAGGACGUUGCAGUGUCCUACAGACUGCCGCUGGCUGGGUGCUCCGUGGCGCUCUAGUCUGGUGUAUUUUUUGCCUGUAGGGUCAUCCCCCGCCUCGCUUACGUGCCACACACGCAGCAUUAUAACCUGCUUUCCUCAGUAGUCCCCGAAACGCAGGAAAGGCCAGUUUUAAGCUGCUUUAUGACAGUGGAUUGUAAUAAUCGGCACAAACGGAGCGGGUCUGCUGGGUUCGCUGGUGCAUGUCAAUGAGAGGAGGACAGAUCACGUUGGAUCCGGAGGAGUUACCCGCCCGACAACUUAACAUUUAACAGGAGCAAAUCCGACACGCAUUCAACACCACAAACUUGCGGGAUACUUAAAUGGACCUAGUGGUCCUGCCGAAGGGGGUUAGGGGAAAGAAAGGAAGCUCCGUAAAUGGCCAGUCUUUAGGUACUUUAAGGUGAGGACUUUAACUGCCAAGCCGCACUGCUGUGAUGGACGCCAGGUUGUCGGAAGAGGUUUUUAAAUGACUAAAAGCGUCGAAUAAGCGCCCCAGACACACAUGCACGCCAUCCCCAUGUUCCUGGAGUAACUGCGAGCUCCGUGCCAGAUCAUCAGGUGAAGACAGGGUUCCAGUCCACACCAUGAAGCGAUUUCUCUGGGAUGCGAUCUUCCUUCUUACCGGGUCUCUCUUUACUUAUGGACAGGUCCAGGAAAAUUCCACAUCAACACCAGUAAACUACCCGCUGGCAGCUGCUGUUCACUCUCACUUUGGGGACUGUCCAGAUUCUCACAGCCAGUUCUGCUUCCACGGGACCUGCCGGUUCCUGGUGCAGGAGGACACCCCAGCCUGUGUGUGUCAUGCUGGCUUUGUGGGGAUGCGCUGUGAGCACGCAGACCUGCUAGCGGUUGUGGCAACCAAUCAGAAGCAGCAGACGGUGGCCACGCUGCUGGUGCUGUGUGUGAUUGGCUCUGCAAUGCUGAUACUCUUCUUUAGCCUGGUGCACUGCUGUCGAAGGCGGGGACUCUGCAGCCCGGGUCGCGCUGUCCUGCGAUGCCAUACUGAGAAACACAGCGCAUUCCUGACGGACAGUGCCUCCUGCUGUCCUUCUGAAACAGUAGUGUGAGAGCUUCAAACUCAUCAGUAGUUUGAGAGUUUUCCUUUCUUUUAUUUUUUUUUUCCUUUUGGACCAUCUGAAUACCCUCCAGCGUCCUCCUCUGGCUCCCCGACCCUCUCGCUGAAAUGCCACUUCAAGGCUUCAAGGAAUUUCUAUGGAUGCUAAACCAAACCCCAUGUCAGAAGUCCUGCUCAUGCAGAUGGACUAAGAUGAAUAUGGCUCAGAGGCUCCGCCUCCCCGUACUAGAGAAGAACACAAAGGACAGGAAGUGUUUUCUUAUGUGGCCAGAAUUAUUUACGAUCUCAUUAUGACUAUACUGGAGACUGAACCUCAAGAUGGAGGCUUUUCUUUGCAUGAAAAAGACAUGGUGGGACAGCUGGAGAAUAGUGGAGAGUGAAGAGGCAGGCAGACGGCAUUGAGAGCUGCUGAAGUGAUGUGUCUCUGCUCUGACGCGAACUGAAGGGGAAAGACUAACAGUUAAGCUAGACUGCGAGUGAAAAGGAGACUGUUCUGUAUUUCAAAGAAAUGCUUCAUAACAGAGACCACCCCUGGUCCUCAUUGUCAGAGAGUGGCUUCCACUAAAGAGGACCUGCUUAAGAUUCAAGAUGCAGCGAGAUCCCCUCAAGGAAGAUACCCACCACUGACAUUUCUUACCGUUUACAUCCGUUGGUCUAAAGCUCAACGAGGCCAUGUGUUCACCGGUAAAGAUUUGACGUUACAUGCAGUAACAUGAGCCACCAGCAGUUAUAAUGGGAUUCAAGCAAGUUGGUGCUUUGUUCGACGAAACACUUCUACGUUUAUUUUUACUGUGUUUGAAGUGUUUCUUGCAGCUUGUGCUGGAUAUUACAGAAAUAUACAUAUUAAAUAGCUGCAAAAACAAACUCUCUUGGGAAAAUAACGACUAGGUGAGACUGUGUGGUUCGAUGGACCUGCUUGUAUAUUCUGGUGCUUCCAAGACUUUCGAGUCACAUUGGUGUUGUUUUAGUGGUUUUGUAUUUAUUUUAAUUUCCAUAUAUUCAGACGCUGUCAUUGUCUGUUCAACACUGUACAACACACCUUUUCUAGUAUAUAAAAAAAACCCUCAGAUGUGUGUGUCACAGGUUUAGAGUUUAACAGUGAACUAGAUAAUUAGUAGAGUUGUUAGAAGCAUAGAAGUAAAUAUAGAAAGGAAGUUUUAAAUGUCGGUGAAACUACCCCGCCGGGCAGUUUUGCCCAGAUAACAAUUUAACAGAAAAAAAUGAACCUUUGUAUGGUGACUACUUUGUCAAACAUGACACUGCUGCUUUGAACAGAGCUCUGUUCACUAGUUGGAUAGACACUAUAUUUAAGCCCACGUGGCUUUAACAUGAUGUGGACGCAAACUCAUUCAUAAGCAGAUGCUGAUAUAUUUGUCACUUUAAAUCUGCACUUGCAACACUGAGACGUCGAUAUGCACUUUCACAAUGCACUCAAGGGGCGGCUGGUCUUGCCGGUUAUUGCACUGUUGGCGAAUUGCACAGCGCGUAACCAUAGCGCCGGAGUGGCCGUGAGCACCCUGCUCUUCACAGAGGCUCUGGAGGAAACGGUGUCACUGAGGUGUUACUUUUGCGUGAAUGACGAGUGUCCACAUCUAACUGAUGUAUGAGAGACUUGGAUAAGAGAAGCUGAAUAAGGGAAUUUGUCUGCAGAAACCUUAGUAAAUCACAAAAUCAUAUGAAAUUUCUAUGUGGCACUAAUGAUUUAGCUAAUUUUUUUUUUUUUUAUUAGAAAUUUCCAAGCGAUUUCCUGUAGCGUUUGGCUUCUCUGUGGUCCUUUGUCAUGUUUAAAGCUUGUUCUUGAAUUUUCAAAGGGUUGGGUGAACUUUGUAAAACUUUGGCUACAGAAAACCUGUCUGAUUGGCAGAAAGUUUAUGUGAAGAAAAAAUAUUGUAAAAGCCCCACCAAUCAGAAAAGGGAUAGGAUGAAGGUCUUUGCUAUUCAUCUCUCAUCAUUGACUCUUUGGCUAUUUGUAAAUCAAUCAGAUUUUCUGUUUGAGUGAAAUAUAAAUGUUGUAAAAUAAAUAUGAAUCCCAUACAGUUGACUAUUUACCGUACAAGUACAAACUGAUUGUUUUUUUUCCUUAUGAAAAUUUUUCAGAAAUAUGAAGAGAGAAUGUCUGCCGAUUUAGUUUAAAGCGAAGAGGUUUAUUUGAGGCAGCACGCUAUGCUAUCUUGGUAUGUUGUCAGAUGUAAAUGAAUCUGCACAGACAUGAAUUGUGUGCACUGCAGUGGAUGUUGAUGUUCAUUAAAAACUGCCGAAAGGGACUAUUUACUGUAUGUAUUUAAAGGUAUGAAUGGAAUGCAGAAGGAGAGAUAACAAGCAGUAAGACUGUAAACGGACUGGGGAACCAUCACUGUGAAUGAGUCCUGAUGCCCCCUCAUGACAGGAAGAGCUUGUCGAAUGUCUGCCGUAGAAAUGCUCAUUGUCAGCACUUUGUGUGGCUUUCAAAUAAGACUGGAAAUUAUAAAGAGCCCCUUUCUGUGAGUGUUUGUCUGCAUGCUUCUCCGUUACCCGUCUCCUUCCCAUCCACCCAAAGGCCGUAACCUGCUUGCUUUCUGUUCAUUUUCACCCAUGUUUGGUUCAGCUGUUUCAGGAGGGACACUGGAACCCAGGUCGAGGCUGCUGAAGGAGCUUUAGCUCUCUAAAUAUUCUCCCUUUAUUUUCAUGCUGCAUUCAUGCUUUGAAUGGUUCGGCGGGAGCAGAGAGGGACGCAGCUUUCCAGUGUAAAUACUUAAUCAGCUUGCUGACUAUUUAUUCAGUGGAUUUUUUUUUGUUUUCUUCUGAGCUUUAGAAUUUCAGACCAUUAAUCAUUCACUCACAUUCACCCCAUCACGUCUUUCCCUUAUACCGCAUUUCCAUUUUGAUUCUCUCCUACCCCUGCUCUCUCUCUCUCAGAUGUGCAUUGCUUUUUCUUGUUUGAUGAUCCCCUCAUGCGGGCGACCGCAUUGCCGUGGAGCCUUUAGAGGCCCCUGGCUGAGCUGCUAAGACCUGCUUUUGAUUUCAGGGGCUCUUCAGAGCCUCUGUAAAAGCGCACCAGACUUCUAAAGAGGGGCCACAGCUAAAAUCGAAGGGCAGCUCAGUUUGACCUCCAGGGCGGUGGAGGACACAACCAGGCAGGGGGAGAUUGAUCGGUGGAAGGAACAGCCUCCUUGAUACCUGACUCGUCGUAUGUGUACAGUUUGUCCCUGUGGCUGUGAGCUCAGUCCGUGUGGCUGUGAGCUCAGUCCGUGUGGCUGUGAGCUCAGUCCGUAUGGCUGGUUCUGUUCAGGGUGUGUACCCUGUGCUAUAUGGGCCCACUGAGCCUGUCCCCGUCACCACAGCCAGCUAGAUGGUGGACAUUUACAGAAUUAGUGUAUUAGUGUAGAGAUAUGUGUCUGUAGCUCCCUCACUCUCAUUUGCUGAAGGUUUUAGUAAACAAAAGCGGCAGCAUUUUAGGCGUAUAUCAGUACAUUAUACACUUAAGGGGUGAGGGAGGUAUUUAGUAAAGUAUAAUUGUUAAUAAGACUGGUCUUGUAAACCGUGUAAAUUUCCUUAUAAAAUACCUGAAAUGCUACCAGCUACUCAGCUCAGUGAAAAGUAAAUUUUAAACAGUUAUUGUAUUUUUUUUUUUGUCCAUUUUGGAUGUAAACGGCAGUAUAAUAUGAGUAUUAAAAUGUGGAUUUUAAAACAUUUUAAAUCAACAUCGUGGAUUUUUACCUUUUUUAACUAAAACAUUUUA